CAUAACAAAAACAACACAAGAAGCAAAUAAUAUUCUUUUAACACAGCACCUCUAAAGUAAAAGCCAAUGUUGAUCGCCGGAGAUGAGCUGGGAAAUACUCUUCCUCCGGGAAAUCUAGCCGUCAGAUCCUCCUUUGGAGGAUGGAAAUCGGCAAGGCUCAUAAUCUUUGUAGAAAUGGCCGAGCAGUUCGCCUCUUACGGGAUAUCGUCCAACCUCAUAACGUACCUGACAGGACCACUGGGAGAGUCAGCGGCCGCAGCUGCAGCAAAUAUUAACGCCUGGUGUGGAACGGAAGCGUUUCUUCCACUUCUCUGGAGCUUUGUCGCUGACUCGUUUCUUGGCCGUUUCCGUACCAUCAUAAUCUCGUCCUCUCUGUACAUCUUGGGACUUGGGUUGCUGUCUUUUUCAGCCAUGAUUCCUUCUCACUCCAAAGAUUCGAAUCAACUCCAAGUGACUCUCUUCUUCAUCUCUCUGUAUCUUAUAGCCUUAGGACAAGGAGGUUUCAGCCCUUGUAUUAAGGUAUUUGGAGCUGAUCAAUUUGAUGGAAAUGACCUAAAAGAGUUGAAAGCAAAGAGUUCUUUUUUCAACUGGUUGAUGUUUGGAAGCUGUGUUAGCAUAUUGACCACUCGUUUGAUCUCUAGCUACAUCCAAGAGAAUCUAAGCUGGUCCUUAGGAUUUGGUAUUCCAGGUGCUUCCAUGCUACUUGCUCUGCUUCUCUUCCUCCUUGGAACUAAGACUUACCGUUUCACUACUGAGAGAAGAGGAAACAAAAACCCUUUUGCUAGAAUCAUUUGUGUUUUUAUAGAAGCCGUAAAGAACAGAAGACAACCAGAUUUACACAUAGCUAACCCGAACGAGACCCUACUUCUCGUGGCUCACCAGAGUUCCAAACAAUUUAGGUUCCUUGACAGAGCGGCGGUUUCAUGUGAUUUGUCUGAAAUUGAAGACGCAAAAGCUGUGCUAAAGCUUGUUCCCAUAUGGAUAAAUUGCUUGGUUUAUUCCACUGUAUGUUCACAGAUCCCUACUUUCUUCACAAAGCAAGGAUCAACAAUGAACAGGUAUAUCUCACCAGGAAUUUUAGUUCCCGCAGCCACGCUCCAAUGCGUCUUAAGCCUAGCAAUGGUUUUUUUCAUCCCAAUCUACGACCGUCUACUAGUCCCAAUCGCAAGAUCAUUUACUCAAAACCCUUUAGGAAUCACAACGCUUCAGAGGAUUGGCGCUGGCAUGUUUCUCUCCAAUAUUGCCAUGGUGGUUGCCGCUUUGGUCGAGACCAAAAGGCUCCAAACCGCUCAAGAUGAUAUCACAACAAUGAUGAGCGUGUGGUGGUUGGUUCCACAAUAUGCUAUCUACGGUGUCUCGUAUGCGUUCUUAACGAUUGGCUUACAGGAGUUUUUCUACGACCAAGUCCCUAACGAGCUUAGGAGAGUCGGUAUGGCUCUUAAUCUAAGCAUAUUCGGGGUCGGCAACUUCCUAAGCAGCUUCAUGAUAUCAGUCAUCGACAAAGUCACAAGCCAGCUUUGUCAAACGAGCUGGUUCGAUAACGACCUUAACAACGCUCAUUUAGAUUACUUCUACUGGCUACUUGCUUGUGUUAGUUCCAUGGGUUUAGCCUCCUACUUGUGGUUCGCCAAGUCGUAUGUGUACAAUAGACCAAACACAUUCUAAAAACAGUGUGGUUUGUCUUCUUGACUAUAUUGGGAUUUUUGC